AUGGAGUUGGGAAAUGGCACAAGAAUAAACGAAUUUAUAUUUCUGGGACUUACUCAGUCCCAAGACCUGAGCUUGGUCUUAUUUCUUUUUUUAUGUUUGGUAUAUUUGACAACUGUGCUGGGAAACCUUCUCAUUAUGGUCACCGUGACCUGUGAAUCUCGCCUUCACACCCCCAUGUACUUCCUGCUCCGAAAUCUAGCUGUCCUUGACAUCUGCUUCUCCUCCAUUACUGCUCCUAAAGUCUUGGUGGACCUUAUGUCAAAGAAAAAGACCAUCUCCUAUACAAACUGCAUGGUGCAGGUGUUUCUAUUCCACCUCCUGGGCGGGGCAGACAUUUUCUCUCUCUCUGUGAUGGCGUUUGACCGUUACAUGGCCAUCUCCAAGCCCCUGCACUAUGUGACCAUCAUGAGCAUCAGACGAUGCACUGCCCUCAUCGCAGCCUCUUGGGUGGCAGGCUUUGUCCAUUCCAUUGUGCAGAUCUCCCUGUUGCUCCCACUCCCCUUCUGUGGACCCAAUGUCCUUGACACUUUCUACUGCGAUGUCCCCCAGGUCCUCAAACUUGCCUGCACUGACACCUUCACCCUUGAGCUUUUGAUGAUUUCGAACAAUGGCCUGGUCACCACCCUUUGGUUUAUCUUCUUGCUUGUGUCCUACACAGUAAUCCUAAUGAUUCUGAGGUCUCAAGCAGGAGAUGGCAGGAGGAAAGCCAUCUCCACCUGCACCUCCCACAUCACUGUGGUGACCCUGCACUUUGUGCCCUGCAUCUAUGUCUAUGCCCGGCCCUUCACUGCCCUCCCCACUGAUAAGGCCAUCUCUGUCACCUUCACUGUCAUCUCCCCUCUGCUGAAUCCCCUGAUCUAUACCCUGAGGAACCACGAGAUGAAGUCAGCCAUGAGAAGACUGAAAAGAAGACUUUUUCCUGCUGAAAGGGAAUAA